AGAGUGAUGAUGCCUAAAAUAAUUAAUGCACACUAGCAUUCACAUCUUCCAAACUCAAUUAGACUGUAAAUUAAGGCAUCAAAUUUAAUGCGAGACAUUGUUUGCGUGGUGAGUGGUUGAUUUCUGACAUCACGGAGAUCUAGUGGUUUUCUACUAUUGAUGUUGUGGUUACUGUUCCGUGAACUCUGUCUUCUCCAUAGAACUGAUCAUUAUUAAAAUCAAACCGAAGAGUGCGUGUGUCAGAGAGACUGAGAGAAGGAAACGUAUGCACAGUGAUCGCGCGACUACACAAUGCUACGUCCAGAUGAAUUAAAUGCAAUACAGAAAUUAAAUGAAAUGUUUGAAAAAGAAGAGAAAUCCGAAAAACAAGUACUCCAAGAAAAUCAUAAGUCUCGUUAUCAUCAUCAUCAUCAUCACCACAAUCAUAACCAUGCACCAUCUUCAAUCUUUCGAUGCAGCGAAACACGAACAUUUGAUACACCGACACUUGGCGAUGAUAGUCGUCUGGUGCCUACUGGUCUACCAAGAAUACAGACAAAAAUUGCUGUGAAAAUAUUAGAACGCGACUGUUGUAUCACAGUGAAACUGGAUCCAACUGCGAAAUUAGAAACUGUUCGCGCAAAAUUCGAUCUAACUGAAGAGGUUAUCAUCAUUGGAUAUCAGCGAUUGGUGACCUUGAAGACGCUGGAGAAUUUACCAAUGAAAUUGGAGGCUAUCAUUGAACAGAAUGAGAAUUUCGAUUAUGAUUUAACAACUUAUGUUGAGCAUAAAUAUAAAGUUAGUUUAGAUAUGUAUUAUUUGAAUUCAGCACGUGUUAAGCAAAAGAAGAAUGUUAUUUAUAUUAUGAUACCGCGUAAACUGAAGUCGAAUGAUAUCACUUUAUGAUAAAAAGUAAACUAAUUUUGAUAUUGAGAGAAAAAAAAUAAAAUCUAAAUACAUGUAUGAAAUUACUGACUGUUUCUCUUCUUACCACUUACAAUGUUGAAGGAAUUUGUCCAAUUAGGUCCCAGUAUUUGCGAAAAUCAACCAAUUUAGCUGUCUUGAUCAAAAUUUACCGAUCUGGAUAGUGAUAUGAUCAGUUACUUACAUCAUGAUACUAUAGCACGUUGAAAAUUACGUUAAUCUGAUAUGGAAAGUCAAUAGAAAUCAGAUCUUUAAACUACCAAAUUAUGGUGGAAGAGAUUGAUACGUCAGAUGGGUGUUUUUAAUUUUGUUAAGGUGAUUUCUGAGCAAAAUACUAUGACUAUGAAGUUUUCAUUGCCUUUCUAAACAUCUUCAAUGUUAUAUAAAAUUUCCUUGAAGCUGAAGAACUGUGAUUAAGUCAAUAUCGUUUUAUUUUUCAUUCGCUGGGAAAUAACAAUAAAACCU